AUUAGGCUAGGGGUGGUGGCAGCAGUAGUAGCAACGAGACGAAUUAGAUUUAGGUAUCAUGUUUUUCCUGUCUUCGACAGACCAUCUUAAAUAAUGCGUGUCAAGUUCUGGUUUGAUGUAGGAUACUAUGGCGACCGCUUCUGUGGUUUUCAGGCACAGAGCACUUUGCUAGACCAAACAACCGCGGUUCGCAAACGGAAAGCCGCAAAUGACGUCUGCUUCGCUUGGAACAAGCGACGGG